AUGGACAAUUUAUACAGGAGUUUUCCUCCCGAAGUAUGUUUUUGUACGACUACUUCUGUGUUAUUGCUUUUUUAAAAUUAAAAUUUAUCUUAUUUUUCUAAUUUAACUCAUAUAUAAAUGAAACUAGAGAAACAGAAUAGAUUUAAAAUAAUUUGUAUUUUUAGGUAUGGCUGCGUGUAGUCAACCAUAUAACACACAUGGAAGAUGUGUGUAGGUUCUCUAUGAUCAGUGAAUACUUUUAUCGAUUGAUAAACACUGACUUCAGAAGUUUAUGUUACAAAAAUAUGGUUUUUCGUCUUCCCGGUGAAACUUGGGCAACGGCUUUCUCAUAG